GAGCACUUGAUCUCUUUGCCAGCCCCUGAUUGCGAAAGGCUGAAAGCAAGCAGACUCUGUUUGACCGCAUCCGUUGGAGUCAACCUGAAGGUCCUGAAGCGCGGACGAGCCUGAGCUCUGAAGCCAACAGGCAAUGGCGGCGGUGGAGUCCGUUCGCCCCCAGGCCACCACCACUGAGCCAGCAGGCGCAUUGAGGGGGUGGUAAGCGGCGGCGGCGCUUCGACCUCUUCAGCGCCCUCUUCGUUUCUCUCUCUGGAAGGUAUGCCCCUCAAUGGCGGCGGCGCCGCGCGGCCGCUCGACCUCGACCUCUCCCCACCCAAACCGGCGGCGCAGGCCUUCCUCUUCCUCAUGCUCUGCGGGGGAGACUUCUGGGCCGGGACCGCGAGCGCCGCGGACACCAUCCUCCCCGGGGAGCCCAUCUCUGGGAACCAGACCCUAGUCUCCAAGAGCGGCGCGUUCGACCUGGGCUUCUUCCCCCCAGGUCCCGGCAUCCACUACUUCCUGGGCGUCCGGCUCCGGAACAUGGCGGGCAACAGCCCCACGUUCUGGGUCGGGGACAGGGUCGUCAUCACCGACCUGCCCAGCGCGUCGCUGGAGCUGUUCGGCGAUAGCCUGUACAUCAAGCAGGGCGGCGCGAGCCUCUGGUGGUCGCCGCCCGCCGGCAAUGGGUCGACGCCCGCCGCCGCCGUCGCGGUCCUCCUCGACAACGGCAACCUGGUGGUGCGGGACCGGGAAAACUCCUCCCUCGUCCUGUGGCAGAGCUUCGACUACCCCGGCGACGCGCUGCUCCCCGGCGGGAGGCUAGGGUUCGACAGGGACACGGGGAAGAACGUCUCGCUCACGUUCCGGGACUUCUCGCACAACGGCAGCCUCGCCGUCGACGCGAGCAGGAGGAACGGGUUCGUGCUCACCACCGAUGGCCAUGACCACCGCGGCACUUUCCCGGACUGGAUGGUGUCCUCCCGAGACAAUGGCAGCUCGCUGCUGCUGAAUCGCCCGGAAAGCCCCAAUGGCACGGAGUUCUUGCAGUUCCAUCUGGGGCAAGUCAGCCUGAUGCGGUGGUCGGAAUCGAAUCCCGCCGCCGGGAACGGCAGCACACCCGGCUGGGUCGCUCGCUGGACCUUCCCUUCCGGUUGCAAAUCCGGCGGAUUCUUCUGCGGCGAUUUCGGCGCUUGCACGAGCACCGGGAAGUGUAUAUGCGUGGAUGGAUUCGCGCCGUCGUACCCGAUCGAGUGGGGGCUCGGGUACUUCGUCACCGGCUGCUCGAGGUCUCUCCCGCUGAGCUGCGAGUCUGGCGGUCAGACGGAGCACGAUGACUCUUUUGCCCCGUUGGACAGUCUGCAAGGCCUUCCUUACAAUGCUCAGGACGAGGUCGCCGGAACUGAUGAAGACUGCAGAGCGGCUUGCCUGAGCAAAUGCUACUGCGUCGCGUACUCUUACGGUCACGGCCAUGGAUGCAAGCUCUGGUACCACAACCUGUACAAUCUGAGCUUGGCUGCUAUUCCCCCGUACAGCAAGGUUUACAUCCGUUUGGGCUCCAAGAUCAGGAACAACAAAGGCUUGCAAACGAAAGGAAUCGCAUUAUUGGUCGCUGGGUCCGUAGCCAUUGCUUCUUUGAUACUGGUACUGGUGCUGAUAUGGAGAUUCAGGAGGAAUUCGUCUGCUGCCAAAAAGUUUGAGGUAGAAGGCCCGCUUGUGGUCUACCCUUAUGCACAUAUCAAGAAAGCCACAAUGAAUUUCUCUGAUAAAAUCGGCGAGGGAGGAUUUGGAAGUGUCUUCAAGGGAACAAUGCAGGGAUCGACUGUUGUUGCUGUGAAGAAUCUCAAAGUCCUGGGGCAAGCAGAGAAGCAAUUCAGAACAGAAGUUCAGACACUUGGGAUGAUCCAACACAGCAAUCUUGUGCGUCUCUUGGGGUUUUGCGUCAGAGGGAACAGAAGGUUGCUGGUCUACGAGUACAUGCCAAAUGGCUCGUUGGAUGCUCACCUCUUUGCUGACAAAUCUGGCCUGUUGAGUUGGAACGUUCGAUACCAAAUCGCACUAGGUAUCGCCAAGGGUCUUGCCUAUCUACAUGAAGAAUGUGAGGACUGCAUCAUACAUUGCGACAUCAAGCCCGAAAACAUACUGCUUGAUGCGGAGUUCUGCCCCAAGAUCGCUGAUUUUGGCAUGGCGAAGCUCCUUGGACGAGAAUUCAACUCGGCAUUGACUACCAUCCGGGGAACCAUGGGCUACCUCGCACCGGAGUGGAUAUCCGGGUUGCCGAUCACCAAGAAGGCAGAUGUAUACAGCUUUGGCAUCAUGCUCUUCGAGAUAAUCUCUGGGAGAAGGAGCACUGAAAUGAUGAAAUUUGGGAACCACAGGUAUUUUCCGCUUUAUGCGGCUGCUCAGGUGAACGAAGGGGAGGUUCUGUGCUUGCUUGAUGGUAGGCUGAAAGCAGAUGCUAAUGUUAAGCAGCUGGAUGUCACCUGUAAGGUUGCCUGCUGGUGCAUCCAGGAUGAGGAGAACGACAGGCCGUCAAUGGGGCAAGUUGUUCACAUGCUGGAAGGUCUCGUCAAUACCAAAAUGCCUCCCAUUCCGGCUUCGUUUCAGAACCUUAUUGAGGGGGAUAAUAGUGCUAUAUAUUCUGAAUGAGGCUAGGAGUGAGGACCAAAUAUUGAAAAGCCAGCUUUAUUUAUGGCAGCUAGGACUUUAGUUGUUUGUUGAUGAGUUGUGAUCUGAACUCGUGUUCAGAUUUCUUUUACUAUCAUGAACCCUUCCCUGUAGAUAUAGGACCUGUUUAGACCAUAAAUUAGAGAAAACCUUGCUUGAACAUCCCUCCUUGUAGUUCUACCUCGUAUUUGCCUGAGUUUGCUAACAAGUGGUAGUACAGUCUCCAGCAGUGUCACACAAAGUGAAAUAUGCCGGUGACUUCUAUUUGAUUUUGAGAUACCAUUUUGUAGCAAGAUAAAUGAUAGAAUGUGUUGAGGAACUGACCAA